CUAAGCUGUUACCUAUUAAUAGACCCGAUGACAACUUUCAACCCAUAGAGAUCUAUCAAACCAAUUUCAAGACAGAUUUACGUUGACAUAUUUAGUAAUAUAUAUUCAUUAAUAUGUUUUAUGAUCAAACUCGCGCGUCUUCUUGUUUGUGACCUUUAUAUGCUCUGUCACUGCGAAGCGGACGUGGCAGAGGGUGGAGAGAACCGAGGUGUGCACGCUCUGCAUAACUUCACAUCAACCGCAUGUUUUUAAUCAGUGCAGUAAUGGCUAUGAGUCGCACCAGACUUUUUUUACGACUGCAAUCAUGUCGUUUUUAUUCCGGUGGUCUGAGAGCGACAUAUCACCGAACCUUGGACAGGAUCGAGUUAAUGCUGCCACCUAAAUUUAGACCUUUCUACAAUCAUCCCGCUGGGCCAAAGACCGUUUUCUUCUGGGCUCCUGUUUUUAAAUGGGGUUUAGUUGUGGCUGGUUUCUCUGAUAUGACCCGGCCACCAGAAAAGCUCAGUGUCUCUCAGUCUUGUGUAAUUACUGCCACAGGGCUUAUUUGGUCAAGGUACUGCUUGGUUAUCAUUCCUAAGAACUGGGCUCUUUUUGCAGUUAACUUAUUUCUGGGCAUUUGUGGAAGCAUACAGCUCAUGAGAAUAUGGAGGUACAACCAACAGCUCCAAAAGAAAGGAGAGGAAGCACAGCAGUCUUAAAGUGCAGCUGCCAGUGUGCUUCUCCAGUAUGAGAUUGUGAGAGUCAAAUGGUGAUGAAGGACGGUGCCGAGCUGAGCUGUAUUUUUCAGUUACUGUAAAAGCUAUGAAUCAGCAUUUUGCACAAAGCAUUCAUGCUAUGCAGAUCAAACAAAAAAACAACAAAUCAAACAAAUCUGUCCUGUCAUAUCUUUGUGAAAAAAACCAAACAUGUUAUUCCAAAUUGUAUCACGUAAAGUUGUUACAUUGUUAUGGUAAUCAUAAUAAAGAUUUUGUCGGUUGCAUACUGUAA